AUGGCGGCGACGAAUACAGACAUGCAUAUGCUUCAGGAAAGACCAGCGGCACAUCACAUCCCUCAGCACCAGCCGUCGUCGCCUUCCCACUCUCUAUCCUCGCCGUCGCUCGUCGAGAGUAUUCGCAGCCUUCGCGACGAUUCGACGCGCCCACACAACGUGCCGGCCACUGCGGACGAGCAACACCAAAUCCGAGCACGUCGCAAGCCCGUCCCGAGUCCGUUGUACCCAGCUGGCAAUAACGGGCUCUCAUAUCAGCAGUUGUCCUAUCAAGACUCACCACGCUUUGACGAACCGCGCAGUCCGCGCGAGAAGCUUGACGCAUUGCUUGCGGAGGAGCAACAUCAUACCUCGCCCAUUCGCCCAACCAAGCCAGCGCAUCCGCCUACACCACCCAACGUUCCCACCCCAAAUUUCACGCAGCCUUCGAGGCCGUCUGCGUAUGCAAAACUCCGGCAGGUGUCGUCACCCACGCUGUCCUCGGCUGGAAUUUCCCCACCAGCGUCACCCGUCACCAUGCCUCCACCAUCGCGGCCGAACCGGCCUGAGACGAGACCGACGGUGCCUGUCCGCAACCCGUCAAUAGAUUCAGCAGCAUCGUCGCUAUCUUCGACCGCCUCUCAGAACCGCCCUCCUGCCAACCAUGCGACGCGACCGUCGCAAGAUACGAGCACGGCGAACCCACCAGAUAUGGCCGCUCUGAUAGCCACAGCAGGCUCACCAGAGGCUGCGAUGCUGGCAUUGUGGAAGGAGAAGCAGAACACAUCCAGUCACAAUGCGCAGCUCUGGCGGCUGGUCGAGAAGCAACGGUCCAUGAUCAUUGGGCUGCAGAAAGAUCUCGAGCGCGCAUUGAAGGACAAGGACCGCUACCGCAGGAAGUUCAAGGAGUAUGCUGAACAGGUGCCACCAGGUCCUGGCUCACUGCAGAAGUCCGACACUUUCGACUCGGUCGUGGAACGCGAGACUAGCCAGUCGCCAGCCCUCAGUGAGCCAGCUGGCGAGCCCGCCAGGCCCAGCGACUCCAAAGCAGGGGAGCACAAGAUAUCGCCCUUGACACAAGAGCACCCCGCGCCACAUCUCAUACCAGACUCGCAAUUAGCGACCUCGCCGUCUCAUUCCACCGCAUCGAAUCUGUCGUCAACCGUGAAUUCGCCCACCGACUAUUCCGUACAACCCCUUAGCCUUGGUAGCAAAGGUCUCGGCCUCGACGCCACAUUGCUGCAGCCCGGUGAUGCUGCUCAACCUCCAGAACAGGCCUCGAAGCCGACUACGCCUCCCCAGAAUAACUCAGAUGUGACAAUAGUCCCAAGUGAUUCACAGCUCCAGCCUCCACAGAUAUCGCUGAUCCAGGCCACGCCUGUCAUUGGUGGUGACGGUUUCGAAUCACCUCCCAGAAAGACUCCACAACCUCUGCGCAAGGCCCCGCCAGCUCCGCUCAACCUCUCGAAACCCAUUACGACUAGCGCACAUCUCCACCAAGCUGUGCACGGCGACGAUGUUGAUUCAGACUACGAUGAUACAUUGGAAGUGGACGAGAUACCUGUUGUGGAGCUGCGGGGAAGGAGGAAGACUCGGGAGGAAGACGAUCGAGUCCGCGAAGCUAUGUAUUCGAAAGACGAGGAAGCUAGAAGCAAGUCGAAGAAGAAGAAAAGCGAAAGCAAGAGCAAACAACAGGCGACGCCAUCUGAAACACCAGCAGGCGAUCAACCUCAGGCGGUCCCGGUUCCCCUUUCGCCGCGUCAGUUCAAUGCGCUGCAAUCGGGCCUUCCACUCUCUCCCCGUCACCCACCUGCCAACUCUCUAAAUGCUCUUCUCAGCCCUGCCAACUCGGAUAGUUCUAUGAUGGCCAACCGAAGUGUUGCAUCGCCACUCAUGAGUCCAGGACUUCCUUCCAGCCCCAGACCCACCGAUAGGCCACUAGGGUCACCAUUACCAAGAAACCCUAAGCAGUCGAUAGCAUCACCGCCCAUGUCGCCAACUACCACCAGUCAAUCAGCUGGACGGCCGGUACAGCAACAAGUUCCUCUCCCGCCAAACACACCUCAGUCUUACCAGUCACCUCCAGUCAACCAGAGUCAACAUUCUAAUCAGCUCCGCAAAGAGUCGUCCACAGGCCUCUUGACAGUACCAGGUGCGCAACCUAGUCCAGAAUCGCCAUCAAGUAGCCCUACCUUGAACGACGUUCCGGAUGCAGAGCAUGUCUAUCGUGGACUCGUCUCUGACCAGUACCCUGGACUCUUGCUCCCUCCCAACGCACUACCUUCUAUUCAAGUCAAGGUCUUCUCAUCCCGCCUUCGGCCGUCACGCAUGAGCAUGCUAGCUCCUAAACCACAGGAGGAGGACCCUGUCUUCAUUCUCGCCGUCUACGCUCGUUCAGACAACAAACAGCUAUGGCGUGUGGAGAAAACGAUUGCCACGCUACCCUCCCUAGACUCUCAGCUGAGGUCCAUGUGCGAUUUUCAGGGACAACUCCCAGAUCGUGGUCUUUUCGGGGGUCAUGCUCCUGCCAAGAUUGAUGCUCGAAGGGUCGCGCUGAACCAAUAUUUCGAUACUGUUCUAGAAACCCCUAUGAACGAAAAGACAGCCUUGAUUGUGUGCGAAUAUCUUUCCACUGAUGUCAUUGGCGCACAAGCUGGUGACAGACUGGCCCCCGAGCCCACACCGGGUCCAACGGUGUCUGUUCAGAGAACGCAGCGCAAGGUCGGUUACCUUACUAAGCGUGGCAAGAACUUUGGGGGCUGGAAGGCACGUUUCUUCGUUCUGGACGGCUCAGAGUUUAGGUACUUCGAGGGCGAAGGUGGUGCGCAUCUGGGAACGAUCAAGUUGCAGAAUGCACAAAUUGGGAAACAAUCACAACAGCAGUCAAACCAAUCGCCACAACGAAAGGAUGACUCCGAGGACAAUCAAUAUCGACAUGCCUUCCUCAUUUUGGAACCAAAGCGGAAAGACUCGACAAGCUUAGUUCGCCAUGUGCUGUGUGCAGAGAACGAUGAAGAGCGAGAUGCUUGGGUUGAGGCGCUUUUGCAGCACGUCGACAUACCAGAUGAAACUUCACCAAUCGAGAUUCGUGUCCCCUCUGCCACACGUCUACAAAAGCAACAGGCCAGUCAAGACUCAACGCGCUCGCAGCGGAGAGACAGCCCUGAUGUGGCAGAGCAAGAUCGCUUACAGGGCCUCAGCUAUGAUGACGCCGUUCAAGCUCAAGCGCCUGUUCGCGGUCCCAACCACCGAGACAUGAUGGUGGAAAAGGCUUCACGAGGCUCCCCCAAGGAGUCAUCUUUUCACCAAGACAACUCAGGUCACUAUCCUGCAAUCUCCGGACCUAGCAAUGGAACCCCAAUCAAGGACUCUGAAAGCUGGGGCAGCAAGUUAAUGGCGGGACCCACGGCAGUCAAGGAUAAGAAACGCAGUAUAUUCGGCUUCAGAGGUCGCGGCGGUUCUUCCGACCUUGCGCCAGUACAAAUCAGCACCCCACUGCAGUCAACCACGGAACAUCGUCUACCCCCGGGCCGCAGUGUUUUUGGCAUCCCACUUAUGGAAGCUGUAGAGUUCACACAGCCUGAUGGAGUCAAUGUAGCGAUACCAGCUGUCGUUUACAGGUGCUUGGAGUACCUCCGAGCGAAGAAGGCGAUUAGCGAAGAAGGCAUCUUCAGGCUUAGUGGGUCAAACAUUGUCAUCAAGGGCCUACGCGAUCGAUUCAACAACGAAGGCGAUAUCAAGCUGCUCGACGGGCAAUACUACGAUGUUCACGCUGUUGCGUCGUUACUGAAGUUGUACUUGCGGGAACUACCGGCCUCUGUUCUAACUCGGGAACUCCAUCUUGAUUUCCUCAAGGUUCUCGACAUGGACGAGCGUAGCAAGAAGAUCCAGAGCUUCAACGUGCUUGUACACAAACUCCCUAGGCCCAACUUCGAGUUGUUGCGACACCUCGCAUCGUUCCUGAUUGAGAUUGUGGACAACUCAGGAGUGAACAAGAUGACGGUGCGAAACGUCGGCAUAGUGUUUGCACCAACUCUGAACAUCCCAGCUCCGUUGAUAUCUUUCUUCCUUACUGAUUAUACCGAUAUUUUUGGUGCUGCUCUUGACGAAGCCAGCUCUCCGAUCCACGAGAUUCGGAACAACACGUCUCAUUUAGGGGACGAUGCUAUUCGAUCCCCAAGGAGGCAGAUGUUUUCUGAUCUCCCAACGCCUGCGUACAACGAGACAACGUUCCAGCAGCGUAUGGAUCGACCGCCUCAAGGCUACCAAGGAAACAGCGCUCCCAACUAUCCACCUCCGCAACCUCCACAGCAAUAUCAGCAACAGCAACAGCAGCAAUACAGUAACCAGCAACAGCAGGGUCAAUAUAGUGGCUACGACUCAGGCUUCAUUCCGAUGCGCCCCAGCUACGACACCCCAGCCUACGAUCAACCUUAUAAUUCUGGAGAUGGCUACAGUAGCUUGAAUGGAGUGGUACAAUCGAGUGGAGCGCGCGAACAACGGCAACGAAAACGAGAGAGUAGCAUGCUCCUCAUGAACAUGGGCAUGGGUGGCCAACGCAAAGGCUCGGGUGGACCAAACGGGCAACAACGCGGAGAUGGACGAUACGAUCCACGAAUGUACUCGCAAAACAACACGCCCAACCCCCUAAUGAGUAUAGCCGUCACCGUCAUGGACGACAAGCCUCUGCCUCUGCGCGCCGACGAGCCCGACUCUCGAAACAGCCUACGACACAUUCUGGCCGCAGACCCCCAAAUGGACGACUCCAAGCCCGACGCAUCCCAAGCAAACACGCCCGUCCCCGACGAGAGCGAAGCGGGCGGCGAUGCGCCAGAUGCCUCGCGCCCAGCCAACGACCACGACCCGGCCCGACCCUACUACACGGCCACGACGACGACGACGCGCCGCAAUGCCAACGGGAGCGUGUCGUCCGUCUACAGCGGGAACAAGAUCAAGCACCUCAAGAAGGACGAUGGCAUUCCCCUGUGGCGCAAGGACAUCCAGUUCGACUUCCUCAAGCUCGUCUUCGAGGACGACAAGCGCGUCUUCACUAAGCAGUCGGACAGCACCAGCGGACACACCUUUGCUGACAUCUACCUCGAUGCUAUGGCCAAGAGCAGCAAGUGCAGCAAGAUCCUCAAGGACAAGCUUCUGACCGAGCGCCCGGCUGCCAUCAACAUGGCCAUGGUGUGUCUGCUCGUCAACGUCGGCCGCAUGAACACCACCCUCAACUUCUUUCCCGAGAUGCGCGCCCAGCUACGGACCUACCACUCCAUCCCCUCCCUCCAAGCCCACCAAGACCCCAACGCCUACAAACAGCUGCAGGAUGCGCCGCGCCUAAAGUCCAUCCUCAAGGGCGCGACGGAGGACCAAGAGCAGCCCAGCACCAUCGAGGAGAUCAUGGCAGCUUCCAUCCCGCGCACCAACCCCGUCAACCUCAUCUUUGUCCUGUCGCAAUACGCGCCCAAGAUCUCCGAGCUGCACUUCUUCCCGCCUCGCGAUUUCUUCGACCUCGUCAUGCGCUCUAACCUGAGCAGCAAGAGCAGAGCCACUGCCUUCUUAUGGCUCAUGUGGUGGUAUCUCGAGAGCGACUUCACCAAGGAAGCCGCCGAGAAGAAUCCUUUUGGCCCUGGCCAGAUGGGGCCCGCCGACGACCCGACUACAGCCGAGUUUCCCAUCAAGUGUCCGCCUUUCGAGAUACUUUCGCCCGAGCAAGAGUCCCUGGAGAACGUCGAUUCGGUCGAAGAGAAGACAUUUGGUGAGAUUAAGCGCAAAGAGAGGACUGCUAUAUUGGCAAGCGACAUGGCGCCAGUCGUCACAGGCCCCAAACGGACCAACAAAAAAGGCUUCAAUCAAAACCCCGUCUUCUCAAUAGCCGCCGAUGACGGUGCUUCGACACCUGGGCGUGACAGACAGUCGCCAUCCCAUGGUUCUGCACGAGGACGUGGCAAGCUUGCCAAAUCCAUCAUCGAACGAGAUUACCCCUCAGACACCGACCGAACCCGCUCAGCAUCACCUCCUAACAGCGUCUACAAUACAGCAAAGAAGGUGGCUACGCCCAACAUGCGCAUAAACACCCUCCUCAACGAAGACGGCCCCGCCUCAUCUCCCGCAGCCAAGGGCCCUGGCCGCGGGAAUUGGUCCCGCAACCGCACAUCAGGGAUAGGCGCUGGAGGAACACCAGCAGCACGAAGCUUCAAGACCAAACUCGACGCACCAACUUCGCAAGACGGCCAGUCCCCCUCUGCAUCUGCGCCCACCUUCAACGGCCCACACGGCUUCUACCUCCCACUCAACGGCUCCGAUCCGUCGCACAAACGAACCCGUCCCCUCACACAACACCAACUCGCCGUCGAGCAAUACCGACGACGGCGCGUAGACGUCAUCCUCGACCGCGGAAUUCGCAUUGAAUACGCCGCCGCCGCAAAACGCCGUCGCAAAGCCAACCCCUUCAUACGCAGCUGGAUCCGCUGCAAAGGCAUGGCAGAUGGCUACGAUACAGACGAAGAAUCGCAUGCGCAAUACGCCCAACUCUCCGACUACGAACUCGGUACCAAGACCCCGCCGCCCAUGCCCUCUGGUCUCGUUCCUUUGGAUUUUGGCGGCGAAGUCAACGACCACGGCGAGGAAUCUUACUACCGCGCUAAGAUGCUUAGUAGGGCGCUGCGUCGUCUAGAUCGCUGGGAAGGGGGUGGAAAGAGUGGGUCUAGAAGGAGGCUCAAGGGGGAGAGGGGCAGUGGGCUACCAGACGUUAAUGAAGGAGGGCGACCUGUUAUCGGCAGUGAAGAUGAGGAUGAUGAGGACGAAGAUGGCGACUUGAUGGAUGUGGAUGAGAUGGAGAGGAGGGAGGCGUUGGAGGAUGAGAGUGCUGAGGAUAGCGAUGACGAUGUUGAUAUGGAGGGUGAGAGGAGGUGGGAUUCUAAUACCCUUCCACCUUUACCUAGGAUGGCAUAG